UGCGUAAGCGUGAAAGCCGUGCGUAAACCCUGGAUGUGGUGAGUGUGCGGCUGAGGGGAAAUGAGCAGCCCAGCAGUCAUGCUGUCAUGUCCUCGGAGCGUCUUCCUUCCUCCCGCUGGACCCUAAUAUGGAGGCAGGGGUUUAUAUAUACCACCUAAAUAGUUCUGUCAACAAACAGGCCGAACAUCUAUUGGAUCGCUGAAGAGCUUAGAGCGGAACCAGCUGAUAUUCAGACAUGGUGCUUCCAGCGGGGCUGUCCGUGUUGCUGCUGCUUUUCCUCCAGGCUGAAGCUGGAGGCGCAGAGCGCAGCAGCGGCUACUGCAUCGGGAAUGCAUGCUUCAUCCUGUUCCGGGAUCCCAGCACUUUCAGCUCAGCGCGGGAGCGCUGCAGAGCCCUGGGCAGCCACCUGAUGACCGUGCGCACCUCUGUGGCCAACGACGUCCUCUCCGUCCUGCUGGGAAACUUCAGCGGGAGCUUCUGGAUCGGUCUGCACCGCCUGAGCGGCUGCCCGGACCCCUCAAAGGAACUCCGGGGCUUCCACUGGGUCACCAAAGACACAGAGAGCGACUUCACCAACUGGCUGCCGGGUUCUGACAGCAGCUGCUUGGCCGCCCGCUGCGUCUCUGUGAGCAGAGAGCAGCGCUUCAGAUGGAGCCAGGCGCCCUGCGCGCAGCAGGCAGAAGGCUUCCUCUGUGAGAACAGCUUCACUGAGCCCUGCACCAGUCUGCCUCAUGAGCCGCAGGAGUCCGUGCGCUACCGGACCCCCGAUGGGUUCAAGGUGGAGGAGAUACUGUCCCCCACUCUUCCUCCUGGAAGCAUCGCAGUCCGUCUCCCAUCAGAGAGCAAAUAUAUCUGCUCCGGGCAGCAGUGGCUGCCGGCGCCUUGGAGCUGCGAGAUAAAGGAAGGAGGCUGCGAACAUAAAUGCGCCGUGGAUCAAAACAACGCCCCCAUUUGCUACUGCCCGCCGCAGCUCAUCGUGGACCCGAUUAACAGGGUGACCUGCCAGGCGUGGGAUGAGGACCACCCGUGCGCGGCGCUGCGCUGCCAGCAGACCUGCCUGCAGAACGGAACGCAGCAUGUGUGCGGCUGCGGCCACGGCCUGCAGCUGGCCGCGGACGGCAGGAGCUGCGUGGAUUUUGACGAGUGCGCGGAUGAGCGGCAGUGUCCCGGGGAGAACUUCAAGUGCUUGAACUCACCGAUGGGUUACAAGUGCGUCUGCGAGCAGGGCUAUACACUGAUGGCGGAUCAGUGCGUGGAUGUGGAUGAGUGCGUGAGCGCUCCGUGCGAGCAGAAUUGCGUGAACACGCCUGGUGGUUAUUUCUGCUCCUGCUUUGAAGGAUACAUAGAGGAUGAAAAUAAGCCGGAGAGAUGCAGGCUGCACUGUGGGGAGGAGGAGUGUCCCGCCAUGUGUGACCCCAACAACCAGUUCCAGUGCUUCUGCCCCGACGGCUUUCUGUUGGAGGAGAGAGCAAACGGCUUCUUCUGCUUAGACAUGGAUGAAUGUGACUUUAAUUUCUGCUCCCAAAGCUGUAAGAACACCUAUGGCGGCUACGUGUGCUCCUGCGCUCCAGGGUUCACGUUAAUCGAUAGACACCAGUGCGUAAUAAUCGAUGAUGAGGUCACAGACGGGUCACCAACCACCUCCACCCAAACACCACCCACCACCCCACACCCUGAGCCCACGCGGCGGCCCUCCAGGGUGUCAGCCGGCGGGCUGGUGGGGAUCAUCGUGGGCAUCGUGUUCCUCAUAGUGCUGGCCGUGUUCGCGGCCCAGUUGGUGCUGAUCCGCAGGGGGAAGGAGGGGGCCGCCGCGGGUGGGCUGAAGGAGGAGGAAACCCACAGUUUACACGGACUGAGUGACACCCACGGAGAGAAGGUGGUCUAGAGACGCUUUACAGGAGACCUGUGGAUGUAUGGAGGGAACCUUCAGAACCGAACUCUAUAGAAUCAGUCCUCCUGGGGGCAGGAGGGGCAGAAAUGAUGAGGUUUACCAUGUCCACCCCAGUACCAUACACCCUCCACCAUGUAAUGAAGUGACAGAAGAACUGUUUACAGUUUUUACCGGAUUAUUAAAAUGUAACUUGAAGAAGUAAAUUCUGGUUUGACUUUUUCAGUCAGUCUGUCACUGUCGCCCUCUGCUGGAAAAUCAUAGGUAUUGCAAGGAACUAUUUUUCAUCCAUCCAUCUUUACCAGCUUAUUCUGACAGAGUUAGAAUGAGUGUGCAU